AUGGCUCUUAUCAGAGAUCCUGCCUUCUGGCGCCGCUUCUCCAUGGCUAUUCAUCAGGAUGAGGAAGCAUCGAUUCGCUCACCGACGGGCUCUGGGAGCUACGAGCUCAAGCAAGACACUUGGUUAGCCCGUCAGCAAAAGAAGAAUAAACGCCGGACGAUCCUCUGCUGGGCAUUCUGGAUCCUCUUGCUCCUCGCAAUUGGCGCUGUCGUGGUCGUCAUUUGGCUCCUGAGUACGCAUCGGAUCAAAAUCAAAAUCGGUAGCAUUUGA